AUGUUGUACGAGCAGGAUGCCAGCAAAGUGGUCAAUCGUCUAUCUAAAGGCAUCAAGCCUCUCAACUAUAAUCUCAACAUCUUCAACAUAGAAUUUGGGGGAGAGUGGCUGUACGAAGGGCUGGUGGUAAUCGAUGCUGAGGCUUCUGUUCCUACGGACCGAAUCAUUAUCAAUGCCAGCCAGAUCGAAAUAUCUCGCCCUGAAGUUUCAUUCGACCGCAAUGGAUCCUCCUUAACAUAUUCCGCCACUUCGGUUACCUUCAACGAAAAUGACCAAGUGUGUAUAUCGUUUCCGGACACUGUCCCGAAGGGAUACUUGCAGUUGAAGAUUUCAUUCAAAGGAAGAAUCACCCAUUCAAUGAGUGGCUUUUGUCGUGCUAGAUACGAACCUCAAUCGGACCCUAACGCGGCUUGUGUCAAGGUUGGAAAGUAUCACCAUCAAUUAACAACUGACUUUGAGCCCUGCCAUGCAAGAAAGGCCUUCCCUUGUUUUGACGAGCCUCACCUCAAAGCGACAUUUGAGCUUGAGUUGGAGAUCCCGGCAGAAUUGACAGCACUAAGCAACAUGCCAGAAAAGUCGUUUCGCAUCCUAGGCGGACCCAAGAGCAGCCUGAAGGCUGUGCGUUUUGAGAAGACACCAGUCAUGAGUACAUAUCUAUUGUGCUGGGCAGUGGGCGAUUUUGAGUAUAUAGAAGCAUUUACAGAAAGAGAGCAUGAGGGGAGAAGAAUACCAGUUAGGAUCUAUACUACCAAGGGUCUAACACAAUAUGCGCAAUUCGCGUUGCGAGAUGCUUGCAACACCCUCGACUUCUUCAGCGAGAGCUUUGGGGUUGACUAUCCACUGCCGAAAUGCGAUCACCUGGUUGUGCACGAGUUUAUCUCUGGCGCCAUGGAGAAUUGGGGCUUGAUCACUUACAAACCAACCAAGAUACUUUUUGAUUCAUCGACUUCAGACAAUAGGCUUAUGUCCAAAGCUUCAUAUGUCGUUGCGCACGAGUUGGCCCAUCAGUGGUUCGGCAAUCUGGUCACCAUGAGCGGCUGGAACGAACUCUGGUUGAAUGAAGGUUUUGCAACAUGGGCAGGCUACCUUGCAGUGGAUUAUCUUCAUCCUAAGUGGAAUAUCUGGGGUCAAUUUGUGGAUGAAGCUUUGGAAGAAGCAUUCGCUCUGGACUCACUGGACUCUUCACAUCCAAUAGAGUCACAUGUCGAGCACGACGCUCAGGCACACCAAAUGUUCGAUAGCAUCACUUACUGCAAGGGCAGUGCUAUCAUCCGCAUGCUAGCUGGCCACGUUGGUCAGGAUGUCUUCCUGAAAGGCAUUGCUACUUACCUGAAAAGCCGCUCAUACCAGAAUGCUACUUCAAAUGACCUCUGGCAAGCCCUAUCUAAAGCAUCUGGAAUAGAUGUUGCAGCUAUCAUGGAUCCGUGGAUCCAUGAAGCAGGAUUUCCGAUUGUCACUGCUGUGUUGACUUCGGACGAACUUCAAUUGAAGCAACAACCAUUUCCCAGACACACUACACAGCAUCAAAAGACAUGUUGGCACGUUCCACUUGGACUAGAAAGGACAUCUCCCACGAGGGCAGAUAGCAUCCUGGCUGCAGAGUCGGGUAGUGUCAAGCAGGUUUCUUCUUUGCUGAAACUCAAUAAAGACCAUGCCGGCUUCUAUCGAACCGAGUACCCAUAUGGCUACUUUAUAUCGUUUACCCAAUUGCCAUCAAAGCUGUCGCCGGCCGACAAAGUGGGAAUCGUCACUGAUAUGGCGUCGUUGGUGUUCGCUGGUGUGAAGUCUACGGGUGAGCUAUUGUCCCUGCUAGCCAGCUUUUGGCAGGAGGAAGACUGUUUUCUCUGGUCGCAGAUAAGAAAGUCUGCCACUAUGGUUCUUUCAUCCAUUUCCGAUGACCCACAAGUUGCCAAAGGACUUAAGACUUACAUUCGCCAACUUAUGGGACCUGUCGAGUCUAGAAUCACCUGGACCGGCUCAGCCGACAACUAUGUCGACGGCGAGCUGGAGAAGAAUUUGAUCCAGCUUGCGGCUAUAGCCGACAACGAGGAUGUCCUUGCCGAGAUCAAGCGGCGAUUUUCGCGCUGGAAGGAUGGCGAUAAAGGCCUUGUCAACCGGAAUCUCCAAGCUCCUAUCUUCGGCAUCUCGGUUGCGAGGGGCGGAGAAGAAGAAUACCAUGCGAUCAAAACCGAAUAUUCUAGAAACCAUACUAUUGAUGGACGCGAGAUCUGCAUCGCCGCUAUGGGAAGAACGAAACUUCCAGCCAUGGCCCGAGACUUUCUGGACUUUACAUUCUUAUCCGAUGACCACGUCACGCUACAAAACAUUCACUUCGUUGGGAUGGCCUUGGGUAACGGACCCUGCGUUGAGGUCCUGUGGGAAUAUAUAAAAGAGAACUGGGAUAGAGUCUACGAGAGACUCCGAAUCAACAGCGUUGCUUUUGAGUGGUUCAUUGACAACGCUCUCCGCAACCUCGACAACCUAGAGGCGGCACAAGUGUCACGAACCCACCGUUGUCCCCAAGUACUCUACGCCCUCCACCCGAAUCGGGUGGACGGUAUAGAAAGAAAAGGAAAGGAUAAGGCAAAGGACGGUUGA